UUUGGACUGGAGCUGGAAAUAAAUGAAUAAAGUUGAGUUUAUAGGUAUCUCGUGAAACUUUAAUGUUUGUGCUUUAGUGUUCUUAAAGUGCUACAGAUUUCUGUGUUAACAGCUAAAUCAACAUGGCUGAUGAUGAAGAAGACAAGGAAAGCCGAUACGAAAAACUAUGGCAUCGGGUAAAGGUUUACAUUCCAUUUUUGCAAGAGCUGAUCAGCCUUCACAAAAACGAUACAACGCAAAAUAGGCAACAGCAUCUGCAGAAGAUAACCACAAUGUAUGACUUACUCACAAAUAAAAGGUUGAACUAUUCUUCGCUUUGUAGGUGUGAGGCGGUGUUGAUAAAACUUUAUAACACGAACACAAUGAAAAAGAAGAAUGGUCCGGAUUCUUCAUCUGUUGAACCACCUUCUUCUGCGAUUCCGGACGCAAUACCUUCUACAUCAAAAGACUUAUCGGGUUUCAAUACUGCAAAUAAAGAAUCCUCUGUUUCUCCAACAACAUCACCUACUGAAAGUGCAAUGCCGGAACUUGAGCCUGAGACGCCUGCAUCUCCAUGUGAACGAUAUAAUCAGGACGAACCGGAACCGGAAGAAUGGGAUGAUACGCAUUCGUUUAACGCUCAGCCAGUUCGGCAAAGCAGUAAACCGCCGUUGUCUUUAGACGAGAUUCAACGUCUAAUAACUGAGAAACCAGGACCCAGCAAUGUUCGUCCAGAGAGCGGAAAUAAUUUGUCCAAGGCUAUCAAUGACACUUUGAAAAUCUUAUCGAAAGAUUUUAGGAAAGUUACACCUGAAGGGGCAUACCAUACUGAUAGAUACAGAAAUUGGUCUGCUCCAACGUAUGCAUCUCAUGUCUCUCACCAAUCUGGAAUGCACCGCUCUCCUCAAUUCGGUAAUGAUUUUUGGGAUACAGAAAACGAUUCUUAUGGAAGUUUUCCACAUCCUGUGCAUCAUCCGCACGUGUCACGCAAUUACAAUAUGGAGCCUACGUUGCGUCCGCCAAAAUCGCCACCUUUAUACCGUCGUCGUGAUAAUCUACCUAUAGAAGACAUUCGUUAUCCAAAUGAUCGUAUGGAAAUCUCACCCAGUUAUUCAUCGCCAUCUGAAGUUCGAUCUCCUCCAGUCGCCGUACCACCUAUGAAUAUAAAGGAUCCUCGCCUCAGGAGAGCGACGGUAAGCAAUAACGACCCUCGUCUCAACCGCGCUAAUAUUCCGCCGCAAGCUACCAUCACGUCGGUUCCGAACGAGCUACCAAAAUGCAUUGCUCCUAACCCGAAUCUUCCGUUGGAUCUUCCGAAGAAAGAUCCGCCAAAACGUCGUUUGAGCAUUUGUGCAAAUCAAGUCAUAAUAGAAGAGAUACCACCGGAACCUGGAGCUCCCCGACGUCUGAGCAUGUGCGGAGAGUUUCAAGGAGUGCCUUUUGUACAACCGCCCCCUUCGGUUCAACCAAUGUUAAAUAACUACGAUGACACGUUUCAUGGAGCAAAAUUCCAGAAUGCUGUUCCCGUGCAUCCCGUCGCUCCAUUAUUCCCUCCUCCAUCACAUCCUUUACCGUUAGUAGUUCCGUCACAAUCCAUCGAGGCACCAUCGAUUGCUGAACGUGACCCACGUCGUAAACAUUUACCGCCAGGAGCUGAAUACAUGAAAACGCCCUACAAUCCGGUUUCUUCUGCCCGUCCUCCUAAUGGACCAAAAAAAGGCCCCUUAACAUACCUGGAAUAUCGUCGUCAGAAGGAGAUGCAUGAAAAACAAAUGCGUGAAAAACAAAUGCGUGAGAAUCUUGGGGGUGGAAAAGCGCCAUACGGCAAUAAAGAAAAAUUCAACAACGGUAAGAAUAACUACACAGAUACGGAUUUGACUAUCGGAAUGGUUCCAAAUAAGACACGAGUUGCUGCCAAAGCGUAUGCAAAACCUGCGAAAAGUAGAGAUCAAUCGUUUAAGGAGCGUCAGUUUGCUCCGCCUGGUAAAGAGAGGCCUCGACAGGAUGUUGACAAUAAGAAACGUGCAGACCCGAAGUCGCACAAAAGUGAUUUUUCGACCAGGGGAGACAAGAAAGGAAAUUCUGUAGAAAAAGAGAAGAAGAGUUCGUCAACUGCAAAGACAAAAGAUCUUUUCGGCGAGCAACUAUCGCAGUUUGAUAAAAUGUAUCGCAGCGGCGAUUUUACCAAGAAGGCUUCCGCGCCAGCCGGCAUUGGAGGAUUCAAAAUUCCCAAAAUAAAACAAAAUGAAAAACCUGCUCCAGCUGACACGACGACAACUGAUAGAAAUGAUCAUCGUUCGAGUAAAUCCGUGUCCAAGUCUGCAGAACCCGUGAAAAAUUCAACAUUUAAUGAUGAUGAUGAUGUGUGGGAUGCAGAAGAAACAGAGUCUGUAAAGAAAAUUUCCAAGGUGGAGAAAGGAACACCGCAGGAGAAAUCUAACGCGGGGGAUAAUACGGAACAGAAAAACCAAUGUAAAGUGUCGUCGGAGAGCAAUAAAGUUGCUAAGACUCUCGAAGAUGAAGAUCUUUGGGAUGACGAUACGUUGGUUCCGUCAAAAGCUACUUAUUCUACCAAAAAUAUACAAAAUACUGAAGCUUCAGAUGAUAAACCGAACAAUGACGGUUUUCAGGUACCGAAAUUGCCUGCUCCUAAACGUAUUGCACGCCGAAGAAAUUCUAUUGCUGCGCACGAUCCAAAACCAGACAUCCCCGUGUCACAACCUGUAGAGGUGUCGACUCGGAUAAUACGACGACGUAAUUCUAUUGCCGUUUCUCAAGUGGCACAAGAUAAUGAACAAAUCGAUGAUUAUCACGUACUCCAUGAUAGCGAUGAAAAAGUCAAGGAUCAAGAAGAAGAUAUUAUACGACCUAGAAAACCUCGAAAACGGAGAAUUAUUGAUGAUGAAGACGAAGAAGAAAAAGACGUGGAGAUAUCGGGCUCGGCUCGUCUAUCGACCAGCUCAGAAAAGGAAUCAAAUUCAGAUGUGCCGAUUGUUAAUAAGAAAACGAUUAAAGAUCGAGGUGCUGAGAAAUCGAUCGUGCUUGCCGCAGACGAAAACAUUGUAUCAAGUACGACAACCGAGUCGAAAGUGACAAAAGCGACCAAACAGGCCAAGAAACGCAAGCAAGGCAAAAAGGCAACUGCCUCUAAAGAAGACAAGAACAAACUUAUCGUUCCAGCAGUUGACGAUACGUCUCCGACGUCCAAAGCAAGUUCUAGUCCUGCUACAGCUGAUCUCGUUAAAAUCGAUGAUUCAAAGAUCGAUACCAAUCAGCAGGAUAUGGAAGAGAAAAAAGCAAAGGAAGACACAGAGACAGUGGAAAAUAUGAUUCGCAGUACAACUAAUCCGGAUACUAAGGCUCAGCUGUUGGAAAUUCUAAGUAAAAUUUUGGAUGAGAAAAAAUUGAAGAAGGUUCAAGAAAUAAUAGAAAGUCCUAGUGACAAGAGUCUGAUAAGUGGCGAACCAGAAGCACAGGUGCCAAAUGAUCAAUCUUCUGAAAAUCUACAGAAUACUGAAGAUUGUCAAAAACAAACCCCGUCAGCAUCUGUAAGCUCCUCCAAUCAAAUAUGUAACAAAGCAUUGAAACGAAAACUUCCCAAAAGAACCGAACUGGACAAAUUAAACGCGGACAUUGCAGAGAUGUACAUCAGAGAUGGUGUGUUGAGUGCAACAGGAAGACGAAGUUGCACAAAAAAACCGCAGCCGGUUGAGAAGAAGCGGAAGCUGACAAGAAAAGCAACAGGGAAAAGUAAAGUCUCACAUGUUGAGGAACUAAAGGAGAAUGUGGCAAGCACACCGGCUGAAUUAGUCAAUCCAUAUGCGAAUCUAAAACCAUUUAAUAUUGUCCUCAAAAAGCUAGAUAUUUCUCAAAUUGAUUUUAUCAUUGAACGGAAAGGAAAGCAAACGGUAGAAAGCUUAGCAGAGACUGUAGAUGGAGAUGAAGCACAAUCCACAGCAUCUAUUUCACCGAAAUCUCGGAAAAAGAAGCGUACUGGUUGGGCAACUGGUAUAGUACCGAAAAAGAAGAAAAAGCUUGAAUUGACUAGUGCACCAGCACCUUCAUCGCCUGUGAAGUCGUACACUCCAAAACCAGUGACUAAGAACACUAACCGAGAACUACACUGCCAGAAUGCAACAAAGUCGAAAGAAUGUGCUUUAUGCAGCUACACAGGAGCACUUUCCACAAUGGUACAGCAUUAUGUUCGGAGUCAUCCUUUGCACGAGGUUUAUGUUAGUCGUAUUCCGAAUCCCGUAGCUACCAAGCUUAAAAAAGAACCUUCGGUCAUAACUGGAACUAUACACGACCAAACGAUUACAUACAAAUGUAUAUUUUGUCAAGAAGUGUUGAGCAAGAAAAAAUACAACUGGAAAUUACAUCUGGCUAGUCACACCGGAGAGUACAGGUACAAAUGUAAUAACUGCACAAUCAAGUCAUUGACCCCAAGCACUAAUGCCCAUGAUGUUCACUGCACGGGCCCAGCGAUGGAAGUCAUCAACGAGUUUAUGUUUGAGGGAAAUCAUAUUUACGGUUACAUUUGUCGAUUGUGUAAUUUUAUUCAACUCUCUCGAAGUAAUUUAAUUACUCAUUUAAAGGAAGAACACGAUAGGCACUUUACAAGCCAUGGUAUUCUACGUUUCAGUAUCCUAAACUAUGAACCAGAAGAUCUUAAUGAGCUGGACCAAUCGAUUUCAAAUGAGAGUGUAAGCACUGAUAUUUCGAUGCCCGAAUUAGUUCCUCAGGUACCUGUCGGUGGACAGACCAGUUUAUCUGCGUUCAUUUCUUCCGCACCCGAUGAUAUUGACCCUCUGAGCGUAUUGAACGAUCCAAGCUUCAUGUCCCCUUCUAAACCAUCGAUCAUUGACAAGCUGAGGGCAAACCUGGAUGAGAUUAUGCGCAACGAGCAAGAAGAAAAAUCGCGCUUGGCUGCUAAUACAAUAUCAUCGGCAGAUGAUGAUGAAUGGGAGGAUAUCGACUCUCCUCCAAAAGAAAGCAUCCUAGCAGGAGCUGCAUCGAAGGAAACAAGUAAAGCACGACGGUCUUUGACAAGUCCUGCGGAGGACGUAAUCCCAAUGCCGGCUCCACUAGCUCUGAAAGAAGAAGAAGUAGAUCUGUUCGAUGGUAAACAAGUGGUGGCUAACGUAGCAUAUAAUAAGAUCGAUAACAAAACAUGGUAUCUUUGUUUGGUCGAAGGUUGUAAGCACGCCACUGAAAUGCGGCAGCAUAUGUAUUCACAUGUUCAGGAACAGCACAGUGAUGUUACGUGGGAUGGAUACUGCUAUCUAUGCACCGCACAGGUGGUUCAGGAGGAAGUGACUGUUUUGAGCAAGGAAAUUAAACACAUGGCUAUGGUCCAUAUAAAAGAUCAUACGGCGGUUGACGAACUGCUUGCGUUACCGUCUAAUGGAUCCGAAUUAUCACUUUUGGGUGACGAUCAUCACACGCUCAAAUUGCGUAGAUUCUCUGGUGACAAACUAUCUCUGGGCAUGGAUACUGCAGGCAAAGAAGAAACAAUCAAUGUCCAACCGUGGCUGGAAAAAUCUCCAAAGAAGAAUCGUGCACAUUCGCUUAAUAUGCUUGAGCAAAAAAGCCUAUUCUGUUUCUAUAAGUGCAUGGGAACAAGCUGUUGUUUUACAACUCCCAAUGAAGGAUCAAUGCAGCAACAUUUAGAAAAUCACGACCUGGUGGCCGACGUAGGCGCUUUGGCUUCGGCAAAAAGCUGGCUUGAAUGUUCAUACUGCGAGCUGCAGUUCGAAAGUAAAACCGAUUUGUUGGAUCAUCUUAGGACUGUGCAUUCUAGAAGUGUGUACCAGUGUGCGUACUGCUUCUAUCGAAGUCGCGAUGCACAGAGCGUGAUUUUACAUCAGAAAUUACACCACGAAAAAGAAACCAAAAAGGUGCUGUUUAUUUCGUCUGAGAAGCAAUCACUGACGGCAGCCGAUAACGAAAUGCUCAAUCGACGACGUCUGGAGAACAUCCUGCCUUUGAUAUGUACAGUUUGCAAAGAGGAAUUCUGCGGACUGGAUGCGUAUAUGACCCAUUUGAAGGUGACCCAUGCUGAACUGACAACGAUUGCGUGCCAAUGUUGCAAGGAGAUAAUUCAGAAACCCAAACUGCCCCGUCAUCUGUUAGUUCACAAAAUUGGAAUAUACGAAUGUAUGUACUGUCAGUUUGGUAGCAAUACAAUGGAAGCCGUGCAGACACACGUUUGCAAUUCCCAUCCACAAGAGCCUUUCUAUUGCUGCGUGCGGUAUAAUAAAACGCCCGGAAAGGCAAAGGAAGCUUCACUCAAAGCGUUAUUUGAGAACCCUGUCGACGAGAGUGAUUUGGUUUAUUGUCCAUUUAGUAUGGAAGAGUUGAACCACAAAUCUACGGAUACGAAGAGUAACAGCGAUAUCGAACCUCCUGUAAAACCUACCAUCAUACCGCUGCAGCUUCCACCAAUCAGGUUUGGUGACACCAAUAUUCUUCUGAGCGCUCAGAUUCCUUCUUCUACGGCUGGUCAAGUUACUCAACAAACGGUUGUUGUAAGCACUUCCGGGUCGGGAGUUAUGCAAAUUCCGACGAUUUCUUCAUUUUCUGGCGGAAUACAUCUUUCGGAAAAAUCAUCCGUUCCGAUUAUCACCGCUGUCCAAGGCAAUUAUCAUGGACCGUUAGCGGCGCCUUCGACAGUUUCACAAAGCAUGCCAAUUAUAACUAACGUGGCUGGUGGUGUUUCGGCAACGAAAGAUCUAGGCAUGCCAAUAAUUGCCAGAGUAGAAGGAGGUGUAGCAGCAGUGAACACUAUAAAGCAACCUUCUUCCCUUGUGGGUACUAAAAUUAUUAUUUCCCCCAAUAAAGGGGCCGGAGUUCCUAUUAUCACUAAUGUUUGCAGCAUCGGUCCUUCAAAACUGCAGCUAUCUACGACCACGGAAGAUGAGAAACUAAUGCUUGAAGCGGAGCGGGUUGCAAUGGAAAUGAUCAAAGAUACGGGCUUGCCAAAGAAUGUGAUAUACAAAUGCGUUUUCAAAGGUUGUAAUUCGGUACUACCGGAUGGAACAGGAAUGCGAAAACAUCUUAGUUUUUCCCAUUUACUCUCGCCCGUGUACACUUGUAUCCACUGCAAAGGACGGCCAACGUUCACGAGUGUAAUGCUUUUCACACAGCAUUUGAAAACGCACGAAGCACAACGAAUUUUCUGUUUCAUGUGCGAUUACAAAGGGUCAUUCCCACCGGAAGUAAUCAAACACGUUAAAGAUGUUCACAAAACAAAUAAGCCAACGAUCCUUUUCCUGAACCCCAAGAAGAAUGACCCGAACAAUGAUAUCAUACUGUUCGCCCCGGGUCAGCCUGCUGAUUUGGAAAAGAAAGCAUUUUACAAAAAACUAAUCGAUCUCUAUAAUCAUAAACUGCAAGCUGCGUUGCUCCAGCAAAAGACCCAUUUCGCACCGGAAGAAUGUGAUUCACUGCCCAAGCAGGCGAUUUUCAGCCAGACAGUAUUCUGCAGCAACUGCCAAUACAGCACUAAGGUUCGCUUAAACAUGUAUCGUCACCUCAAGAAUCACUUGAACGACAUGCCUGUUUCAAAUGUCGAUCCGAAAAAUCCAGUCCCCUGCUGGAAUCAGGGAGAAAAACAUUUCGACCGAAUGCGAAAUCCAGCCGCUAGCUCGCAGGAGGACGAUGAUUUAAUUCAAUCACUUUGCUUUGUUCAGGAAAACAAACGAUUUAUUUGUGGUGCACCGAAUUGCCGUCAUUUAACUACGGCCGAAAACAUGUUGCGGAACCAUCUUUCCACACUACAUGUCGACACUAAAGAUUACAAAUGUCCCCAUUGUCCCGCAGUGCAUAUUUUCUCCGGGCAACUCAAUAUUGUGAAAAUUCUUGAGCAUUUAAAACUGCACGACAAGGAGCUGUAUCGAUGUAGCAAAUGCAGUCUGUUCCUCAACAAUAAGAGCGAUAUGGAUCGACAUAUCAGUGAGAAACAUCCGAACGUUCCCAAUGUGUCGACUUUUGUCAUUCGUGACGGCAGCACUGCCGGUAGUGUUUCCAGCGUUGCAACUGAUGAUGAAGUUGUUUUCAACUGGAAGUGUGACGUAUGCAAGUUUAAAACCGUUACGCUCACGGAAAUGCGUGUCCACAUGCAGAUAACGCACAACAUCCAUGCCAAAUAUCGUUGCUCGCUAUGUCUGUAUAGCAGUUCGAACAAGUCACAGUUUACCGGUCACUUCGAAAAAGACCAUCCAGGCAGCGAGAUCGUUAUAGUUUCAAUGUACAAAGCUAUCGAAGGCGACGAUAGUCGAGCUGAUACCACUCCGUUAUGGAGAAGAGAAACAAAUAAAACCAAAAGCAUACGAGGCAUUAUGCUGGAGCCGGAGGAGGAUGUGGAUGAAAUUGAUCCCAUUGAAGAGAAUCUUUCCGUGGGCAGUGAAGAGAUUCUUCGAUUCAAUCUGGAAACUCCGGGACCGAGUGGUGCGAGUAAACGUCACUAUACGGAGUCUAUCGAUACUAGCUUAGCAAAUAAGCGUUCGAAGCCAAACGAAGAUGAAACAAUAGUAAAAGCCUUUAAAUGCGGAUUUAAAGGAUGUAGUUAUGUGAACGAUUUUGGAUCGGGUAUUGUGCAUCAUUUCAAAACAUCUCAUCCUAAUGAAAAACCAUCUGUACUUCGCAAUGCACUAGCGAACCCGCAACAGUCACGUUUCGAUUAUUUUCUUAAAUACGCCUGUUUCUAUUGUGUGAAAAAAGCAGACACAGUACAGGAGCUGCUUCAACAUUGGCGCACCUUGCAUAAAAUAGCGGGUCAAGAUAAACCGUUUUUGUUCCGUACUGCUAAAAUCAUCUUAUGCUUCUACUGCCGAAAGGGAGCCGUCAUGCCGGAGAUGAAGUCUCAUUUUACGACAUGUCAUCCUGGGCUUCAGCCUAUCUAUCUAGAUUUCCGCAAUCCAAGGCGUUGUGCCGAAUGUGAUUUUACAAUUGGCGUCAAUAGACAGGAUAUGGUAAUUCAUUUUGCAGCACACCAUAAGCUGGAAAAUGAAUACGCGAAGGGUUGGAUAGAUUACUUGUCGGAUGAUAUCAUAGAUAAAGUUCUACAGCUGAAUAGUGUAACUUACGGAUGCGUAAAGUGCGAUUAUACUUCGGAAAACAAUUUUGAGUUCACCACGCAUUACGGCACCAAACAUCCUGGACACCCGAUCGAGUUCAACGAAUUUUCAAUAACGAAAAAAAUCAUAUACUACUGUGCGUUCAACAACUGCAAAGGGGAGUUCACCAAUGAGCGUGAUCUAGCUAAACAUAUUGUUCAACACGUACCACCAUUUGAGUGCCGUUGCGAUGAAGGGCGGUGCUUGGCACAGUUCCGUACUUUCACAAUGCUGUUACAACACUUUCAAAUCACUCAUCCCCAGCUUAACCUGCAGUAUGCACUCAAAAUUCCAGAACAAUACAAAAAUGUACUACGUAUGGUUACCAUUCAAUUCUGGAAUGGGUUUGUCAUGACGAUGGAAGAUGCUAGACAAGCAGGCAAUCGCUACGGUAGCCACGAAGGGUUCUUUAAACUCAUAGAAGAAAUAUGUGCUGAGUCCGUGACGGCGGGAACGCGGUUGCUGUAAAAAUGUAAUCUUAUUUAAGAAUGUAAAUAAGAAGGUUUAGUUAUUAAGUCCGAUGUAUCACAUUCGAUCAGUACGAUACAUGUAGCUUACCUAUAAUAAAAAAAUAUAAAAUAAAAUAAUAAAACU